GUCCGGCUGUGUGCGCGCGAAAUUUCCUGCGUUUCUCGGUUGCGUUCUUGGUGAAGUUAUAUAAAAAAAAUAGUCCUGAUUCAUCCCAAGAGGAAAAAGUUCUUUGGUGGAAAUAUUUCGACCUCCAGUCCUGGAUCCGCGGGCCAGGCAUUGGUAAAUUGUUCCGUCGAAGGGAUUUCAACAUUUUGCAAGUGUUUCGGCAGCGAAAUCGAGUGCAGAUCCAGAGAUUUUGGAAGAUUUUCCUUCAAAUCAUUGUGACGACCAGUGGCGAAAAUCGGAAAAAGUUAUUUUUAUUAAUAUAGUGCUCCCGGGAAUGUACUGCGGGUUAAUAAGAUGAGUGGUAACGUACCGCUAAGAUCUUCAACUCCGACCAAUAUGUCUAACUCGAAUCUGGCCUCAAAAUUCCGCUCCGGUCGAUCGAUGCCUUCGUGGGUGACCAAUAGCAGUGAUCGGGUUGGCCCAGCACCACCACCCCCACCAAAUAAUAUGAACAAAAAUUUUAACAAUGCUGAUCCCGAGUACGAAGUCAUCGACGUUGUCAACCAGCAACAGUACUCCAAUUCUCCACCGCCGAUUCCAUUGAAGUCACAGGAUAUAAAACGCAUGACUGUGACGAAGUGCGACUUAUGCGGUUCUCUGUCACCGGUUGUCCGCUGCCAGCAGUGCGAUCAGAAUACGUUCUGUGCAUCCUGCGACGAUCGCUAUCAUCGUCAUCCCAAACGUCAAACUCACAUCAGAACGCCCGUAGAACCGCAGCAAUCGGUUGCCGCUCCUGUCGAGAAGCCACCACUGCCCCCGAAAGGCGAGGGAGGCCCAGGUGGUGGCCCUCUGCCGCCACCCCGGAAAAACAAACGUCCCGGAAGUUUCCAUUUUCCCAGUCCCUUGUUGGGGCGCAGAGAUCAGGACCAGGACCAGAGCAUCCCUACCACAGUAUCUCAAGGAAUGACCUCCCAGAAGCCACCACAACCUCCGCCUAGUCCGGCUUUGUCGCUGCGAGAGAAGAUGAAUUCGCUCAAGCGAUUCAUCCACCCCUCAAAUAGACCACUGCCAGACCCCCCGGAGAACAAAAUACACUCCUCGAAUUCAUCGUUGGACACAAUUUCAAAGCAAACCGCCUCUAUGGGAAUAAAAUCCGUUUCAAGUACCAUGGAAAAGAUUAAAAACAACACGGCGGCCACUCUGGACCGAAUGAACAUGCUACAGCAACGCUAUCGUCAGCACCAGGAAGCAAUGAAGGCCGAUAGCGACCGUAGUCGUAGGGCCAGUCUAUCCUCAAAUAUUGAUAUGCAGAAUAUUCGUACAAAACCGCCAAGCGUAUCAUCAACACUCCAUCAUUACCAACAACAGCAAUUUCAUCAUCAGCCCCAGCAACCGUUCCAAACGCGCUGGAUGGAAACGCCGACACCCAGAAUGAGAUCUGGCAGUGUGGCCUCGGGUAUCAAUCUGCUUCCCAACACUACUAGCAGUACGAUCAACAGAUUUAGUAGUAACGCUUCUUCGCCGAUUCCACCGUCGGUUGUCGUGUCGUCCAGUGAGACCAACACCAGUGCCGCCAAUUCUGCUAAUAAUCCUUCUUCCUCGCAACAGCGUGCAGACUUCAACGCUAGUCCCGAUUCAGCGGCCAUGUCCCCAGGAAAUCCCCGAAGCACUUCGGUGUUCAAUCUCAACAGCUUUCAGCAACAAGGGCAGCAGAAUCCGCAGCAGCCCAACAUGUGGGGAUUCAGUCCACUGCACCAGGCUCAAUCAAUGGCUCACUUCAGCCCGAUGCACUGGAACCAAAUGAACCAAUGGAUGCCAAACCAGUCACAGAAUGGCUCGAACAUGAGUCUCAAUUUACCGUCCUCGGCGCACGAUCAAUCCGGUUAUCCCCCGGGAUGGAACAACCCUUGGGGCGGAAUGUACCCCUACCCGAUGGGAAUGAUGCCGAUGAUGCCUGGAAUGGCAAUACCUCCACCCCGUUCUCGUGCCCAUUCGCGAUCACGUGCAGCUUCGCCGGCGUUGAGCAUCAAAUCAAGAAAGUCGACUAUGUCGAUGCGAAAUUUGAACAAUCGAGGUUCCUACAUUAACGAUCUCACUGAUGACGAAGAUUCGGAAGAGGAGUUCAUGAGGUCUCGCGGAAGACGAGAUCGUCGUCAAAGAGUCGAUUCCAAUAGUAGCCUGGACUUUGACGAUCCCGAGCCGAAUGCUUUUAUGCGAGCUUCAAGCGCUAAACACUCACGUUUCAAUAGAGAUCGUCGGGGAGCUUCCUCAGCGAGGUCUUUGAUAGACUUUCCGACUUCGAACAAAAGGGACGGUCAUCGGUCCAAAUACGAUCGUGAAGAAUCGUUCAGAGAUCGAUUCGAGAAGAUAUCGAUGUCUUCGCCGCGUAAAGUAACUUCCGAUUCGUUUACUAAUGAUUCCGAUGGUGAAUCAAAUCGACGUUCGAACAAGAGUCGGUCAAACAACGAAAGUUUCAGUUCACCGCGAAAAAUAACGUCCGAUUCCAUGACUAACGAUUCGGAUGCUGAUUUGGAGAGACGUCGUAUUGCUAGACAUCAAAAAGCACCAACGCAUCAGCAAAUACCAAGAAAGAUAGCUUCAGACUCUUUCACAAACGAUUCGGACGCAGAGUUCGAACGACGCAAGCAACAGAAGUUGAAGACUACGAUGAAACGUGUAGAAUCGGACUCUGCGACAGGUGAUUCCGAAGCAUUGCGUGAGAAAACCAAGGCCACACGCAAAAUAUCCGACACGGAAAAACCUAAACUAACAAAAUCCAAGACUACUAAAUCUGCUCCUAAAAAGAUCGGAUCUGACUCUCUAACUCCCGAUACAGAUGGCGAACAGAAGCGGCGAUUUACGGUUAAGAAGACAGUCAAGAAAAAUUCCAGCACCGAGUUCAUUCCGAAUGAUUCGGAUAUUGAGUUCGAGCGACGUAAGGAACAGAAGAGAAAGAAUUCAGCUUACAGCAAUAGAUCUCCUCCGUCUGUUGCGUCACCGAAAAAAUCUGAGGAAGAUGAAGAAGAAGAAACGCACCAGAAAACGGUAGAGAUCAAGAAUCACAUCAAUGAUACUAAAAUUGAACCCCUGAAUUUCGCCGUCGAAGAAUCUCCUCCUCCACCAGCUCCUAUCGUUGCACCUGAUCGCGAUUGGGAGUGCGAGUUCUGCACCUACAUGAACGAAGCAGGGGUCAAAGUCUGCGCUAUUUGUUGUAAAACCGCCACCAUUGCCAUCGUAGCUUCGAAGCAGGAUUCGGAAAUGCCUCGAUCACCUCCUCCGGAUGUAGUUCAGGAACCUCUGAUCGAGAAGCAAUCGGUCAAACCACCACACCUAGCCCUGGCCAGCGAUGUAAACAAACCAGCACCGAUUGUGGCCACCACUCCAACGAAAGAAGUCGAUAACAAGAAGAAAGACUGUAAUCGUGAUGAAGAGCAAAUCGGUGUUGAUGAAGUUGUUGAAAGAUUGGAAAAGAGUUUCGAAAGUCUUGUUGAGGAAAAUCAGUAUGAAAACCAUGAAAUUCGAAGAGAACCUCCCAUCCCAAUUCGCAGCCAGUGUCCGAAAGGUGGUAGUGGUGAAAUAAAACAGAAUUUAGAAAGUGAAGUAGUGAAGGAUGUGAAAAUGAUCAGCAAAGACAAAGUGUCCACCGGUUGUGGACCAUCUCCACCGAGAGAUGCUUCCAUGGAGAAGUCAUCACCCGUAUCAGAGACCAAUCGUCGAGUUUACACAGUUCACAGCUCAAUCGGAACAUCCCCACCACCCCAAGAUAUGUCGACACAGACAUACGACACAGUCGAAAAUCUCCGCGAAAACAUUCAACCGCCACCUACAAAAACGAAGGCCGAUAGUCAAGGGCAACCCCAAGGACGGGAAACUACAACUGCCGACCCUGACCUGACCCUUCAGCAGCGAUCGAUGCAUCAAGACGAGGAUGCUCCUGGUACGACAACUGCACCGACAACGAUCUACCAGCGAUCUCAUUCGGUUGCAGCAACACCUCAACUAUUGCAAGUUCAAAUCGGUUCUGGUCCCGGUAGUCUGCAGAGUUUCCCGAGCGACGAGCCACAGAAUCUACCGCUUCUUCCCGCUGAUAGACCACUAACCGCAGAAGAUAUUAGACAAUUCGUCAUUUGGCAGAGGCGACAAAGUCUUCCACCGACUCCGCACAAUUUUAACCCACAAACGCGGGAUGCGUUCGAGCAAAGCGCACCGUACUCAUUGACAUCUGUAUCGCACACACCAUUAUCGUCGAACCAGUACACUCAAAACGACGAUGGCAUGUCCUACCUGGACCGUGCCAUUCAUCAGAUCAUUCAAACAGCCUCGGCCAGAACCAGUAACUUCAGUUCGACUUGUCCACUGGAUCAACACAAGUACCGAGCGAUGACUGACCUGAGCCAAAUCGAUAUGAACAUGAAGCCAAAGCCUCAUCAAUCGACACCUUCACCCUCAAGCAACGUUCAUCAUCAACAACAACGAUCAUCGACAUCCGUUAUGAAUGAUCCCUUCCAGCAACGGAAUGUGGGAAAUCUUAGACAGGCGGUAACUGCCAACAACAUGAGUGAGGGACCGGAAGACGCUACUGCCCGUCUAAUGGAGUCACUAGGAAUUGAAGAGCAAAAUCAACAAGGAGGUACAGAAUGGAUUGCUCUUUUGAAGGAAGCGGAUCGCUACAAAUUUACGGCUGAUGAACUCAAGGCGGCUUUGCUUCACUGCAGAGAUAAACAUCCAGUUCAUUGGCUCCGAGACAAUUGGUUGAAGUUGAUCGACACCGUCCAGACGUUGGCAACUAAAUAUGGGCACGAAAAGCGGGAAAAUACAAUCGGUACCAUCUCGACUUCAGAGGCUCGCGAAGCUCUCAGACUUCAUAAAGGUAACAUUUGGCAUGCCAUAACCGAAUGUAUCGAGCAACGGCAGCGCAAAUACAACGAAAUAGCGUCGAAAGGCAAUUUUACACGUGAGGAUAUUGUAACAAGUCUAACGGCACAUCACGGAAACUUGGAGUUGGCUCUUUUAGAGCUUAGCAAAACUCAGUUGAAACCGUUUCUCAUGCGCAUUUGGGGUCCACCGAACGGAGUGGACAACGAUUCUGGCAAUACGUUGCUACAGCUGGCACUGAAUGAGGAUCGGAGUGGAAUCAGCACUGAAAUACAGGAGUUUAUAAGUGCCCAUGUAGAGAAACAGCUGCUAUCAAAUAACGAACCUGAACCUGAAACAAAAAAUGUGCCAAAUUUGUGUAACGGAACUAGCGCAAACAGUCAAGAAACUGCAGAUACUCGCGAAACCAAUGGCAAUCAAACCAAUGGCACUGAAACUCCAGAAGCAUCUAACAACGUUGAACAGAUCCCUUCCAAUACUGUUAUCCUGCGAGACAUCGAGAAGCUCAUCGAUCAGAUGGAAAAGAACCAGGCUAAUCAGAACGAAGAAGUUUUGAAAAACAUCCAACACCUGCUGACUCGACUAGUUCAGCACAACGAAUCUCGACCGGGAUCGCGAGCAUCGGUACGUUCUGAUUCAUGUGAACGUGUAUUCGUCAAGAGUCCCAUACCACUUCCUCGACAAAACCAAUCAUCGAUCGUCGACGAAACGAAACCCAUCUACGAAGACGUGCGAGACUUUAUGGCAGAGAACAUACAGGAAAUACUGCCCAGUCUUGUGAGCCAAGUUCGACAAGAGCUGGAGACAGUACCAAUACGUAAAGAGAAGACACUUGAAGACGAUAUCCGUGAGACAUUAAUAAACGCCGAAUACUCUGAAGCAGAAUACUCGACCAUCCAUGAUUUUCCAUUCAAAAGAGACAUCGAAACCACUGACGACUUCCCACAACAGAAGAAUGGAACACGUUCGACAGCAUCCCAGGAGUACGAUAUAGAAUACGCGAACAUACAAGACUUUUUAUCGAGAGCAGUACGCACCGAGAAACUCACCAACGAAUUCGAAAGAUUCCGUUCCCAAAACUACAUCUUUGACAGCAGUUCGGACGAAGCAAGACAUACUGCGGAGUCUGACUAUUACGAUAUUGUAGCAGUAAACCAGCGAAUUCAAGAUUUACUUGACAAAACUAGAUCCAGAGAGAACUUACAAAGCCAACAGGAAACCUUGAGCCAACCAGCUCAAGCCGUACCUCAAGUGGAACCUGUUCAAGAGCCCAUUUACAUGAACACGGCCGAAGUGGCUGCGAUUAUGGCAGCUGCGGCACCAGAAACUAUCGAUAAGAAGCAAGGAAAAACAAAGCGUCGCGUGUCAAGAAUACCGGCAAACAAAGACAACCAUUUCCAGCGGAGACCAAUCAAAAGUUCUUCUGAGAGUGACUUCGAAACUGCGAUGCUAAGGCAUAGGUCUCCGGUGCCCGUAACCCACAUAGACCACGUGGAAGAACUUCGACAUGUCGUGGACAAUCUGGAGAAAAUACAACACGAACUUGAAACGACUGCAAAUGAUGCAGAAACACCCCAGAUAGAAACUGAACAACCUGCCUUUGAAAUAAUUGCUCCUGUGAUUGAAACUGCUGCUGUAGAAUCUGAAAUAGUUGAACGAGUUGAAGCUAAACUUGGUUUUAAUCAACCGGAUGAUUUAAAGCUGGAAGAAACACUUUCGACACCUGAAGUGGUUGUUGAAGAUGAAAGAUCCGAACCCGUUGCUGAAUUGAGCCAACAUGUUCAAACAAUUAGUAUCGAGACAGAAAAAGUAAAUGAAGUAAAUGAAGCUUCCAAAGAGCCUAGAAUAGAUGAAAGAUCUGAACCCGUUGCUGAAUUGAGCCAACAUGUUCAAACAACUAGUAUCGAGACAGAAAAAGUAAAUGAAGCAACCAAAGAGCCUAGAAUAGAUGAACCGGAACACCAAGUAGCUGCUGCUCCCUUUAAUCCUAUCGUAGACGAAACUAAUCUGGUUCCAAGCCAACCACAAGCGUUACAACAAGCUGAAGAAAUUCCCAAAGCUUCUGAAAAUCAACCCGUCACUCCAAGCCCUAUUAUAGAAACUCCCGAAAAUACUUCAAGUGCUAACCAACCUGAAACACCCGACACCAUUCCAUUAGAAAGUGCCUCGCAAUCCCCUCCUAAGAGUCCUACAGCACCGACAAACAACCAAGACCAAACCCGGGAAGACCUGUCCAGUUCAUCGCUAACCAAACAAUCUAACAAUCUGUCGGAUUUGGUGCUGGAUACCAAACGGCUGAUCCAACAGAUGAAAGAUGAGAUUGCCUCGGACAUGGCUACCAUGGAAGACGAAGACGAAAUUUACGACGACGAGGAAUACUUCGAGGGCGAUGAGUACGAAGAGUGGAGCGAGGGAGAUGAAAACGUCGAAGAGUGGGAUUCGAACGAAGAGUACGACGUGGAUGAGAACGGUGAUUUUUACGAGUACGAAGACGAAGACGAUGAUGGCUCAGUGAUGUUCAGCGAAAUAGCUCCGGAAGAUGUUGUUCAUCCGGCGUCGGUGGAGUUGAUUUCGGAUGAAAAACCGGAACUACCGAAGAUAAGUGCUGCACUGAUCCGAGAGAUUGAACGGAACAGUGCAUCCGAAGUCAGUGACUUGCCGUUGGAUAGUGAUUUCAAUGAUGCAAUAAGUGUGAUAGAUGAUUCGGCUGAGGAGAUUUCGGAAAUUUUGAAUUUGGCAGUUGGGGCACUCGAGGGACCUCUGAGUGUUGAACCGGAGGAAUUAUCGGAAGCUGAAACGGUCCAUAAUAGUCCCGAGGCAAGCGAGAUUAGUGAAAUAACUGUGUCAUCGGAAAUAACGGAUGCCACUGAUAAAACGUUGGUAGCGGAAGAAAAUUUGAACCUCACUAUGAAGAAUGUGCAGUCUCUGAUGAAUGCCAAAGCCGUCAUUGGAGGGUUUAUUCGAACGGCGCAGAUACACGAAGGUCAACUUCCAGUUGAGCCGGAGAUUCCAAUCGAAACGAAAGAGACUCCUGGAGCUGUUAUUAACAGUAGUAAUGAUACAGAAGCUGUACAGACUAGUUCAGCAGAAGUUGUUCAAGAAGGCAAAGAUAUACAGACUGUAAGGCCUGAACCUGAAAUCCAGGUUUUGGAACAACAUAUCCAGAAAGAUCAUACGCCUGCUGACCAACAAAUUCAGGGAGCUCCCAAUCCAACCCAUGAACUUGAUGCAACAAUUGAAAUGUUAAACAAUGUAGCUAGAGAUUUAAGUGCACAACUAGAGCAAGUUUCUCCGACGCCACCAGAAGAAGAACCUAAAGAAAGAGUUGAAAACCAGACAAUUGCUGUUGUGCCAGAGUAUGCUACCGUAAACAAAAACAACAAAACAGGCUCCCUUGACGAACCAAAAGAGUCUCUGCAACCCUCCAAUGAAGCACCAGAAUAUGUAAACGUAAAGGAGUUGCAAGCGAUGUUGGCAGAAUCGGACGAAACAAACGACGCGGAACAAUACAUGAUCAGCGGAUAUGAAGAAACUCCAGAACAAACAAAUGAGCCUACCGAUACAAAAGUUCCGAAUCAAGCACCUUCUAUAGUAGUGGAUGCUUCAGACCCAAUUAUUGAGGGGAUCAAUCAACCGCAGACGGCAACGAGUCUUCCAUUGCGUAGAGGCUCUGAGAAACUUGACGUUUCUAUUGUUUCUGAGAUCACAGAAACGGCUUCCAUUGCGAACCUUGAAUCUUCAAGCUCAUCGGCUGUCACCGUUGUCAUUUCAGCUGAUCAAACACCGAGUGUACCUCAAGUUGAUUCAAAAGACAUUACAGCUCUAAAACCAGAAAGCGUUGAAGGAGAAAAUGUCGAAGAAAUGGCAGGUUCAACACCAGACAUUAUUGGUGAAGAACCAAAACCACUGGAGGCGGAUCUCAAAAAACAGCAAUCCAAUACAGUCUCUCUAGAAAGAGGACAAAUUGAAGCAACCAAUAAUGUUGAAAUUGAAAGUCAACCUGCUGUAGCAUCAUUGGAACAAAAUGCCAGUACGUCUUCAGAAUCUAUUCCUGGUACGAGUCAAGUUCACACAGUUCAAGAGACUCAAGACGUCCAGACUUCCCAACCUAAUACUAUAUUGGAACAAGUGACUAUAACUCAAGUAACAGAUGUUGCGAUUUCGUCGACACAAAUAGCUCCUGAAAGUCCCGGAAUCCAUCAAACGAACCAAAAUGAGCUAAAAACAAGCGAACCCGCUAUAAAAUCCAUCGAGCCGACAGAAGCUACUUCAUCACCAACCUCAUCAACUAUUCAAGACAAUUUGCCGUCCCCUCGAAUAGCAGAUAGUGCUAAGAGAGAGACCAAUGAAUCCCCGGUAGUUCAGAAUUCAUCUGACCAGACAGAGCAAUCUCAAAUCAUCACCAAUGGAGUUGUUCAUGCGACCAGUCCAAGUGCAACAACAUCUAGGGAGCCAUCUGAAGAGCCUUCAAGUUUCAUAGAGAUAAACCCAUCCCAAGUCAUCAUUCAUGACCCAGCUAAGCAAACAUCUGCAUCUCAAACAUCAAACAUUUAUGAAAACGUAGAAAUAACACCUUCUACUAAACCGGCUUCUUUGAAGGCAUCGAAACUAGCUUUGAAGAUUCCACCUUCCAGCACCUCUAAUGAAUCAUCAAGCAAAAAGUCUUCAUCCUCUCCAUCAACACCGCCAACUCCGUCCAGCAAAAAGAUCACCACUAAAACCACAAAAUCCAAAACCAAAACAACAACAGCCUCAGAUACCACAAAAUCGAAAACAUCCACCACAUCCGAUUCCUCCAGUCGCAGAAACUCUCUUCGCAAAAAUUCGAUCGGUACACCGUUUGGCCCCGUGCUGACCAAUACCGUCAAGAACAUGCAGAAAGAGUUCCUCAGCAAAGCUCAGAAAGAACCAUCAAAGACAGUCACCGCAGGGCCAUCGAAACCAAAACCAUCCAAGCUGGUCCAACCGAAAGCAUUCACUAAUAAUAAGCUUACUAAACCUGUACCACCCACGCAGCAAAACGGCGUGAAGGCAUCUACUAGCACAGCCACUAACAGCAAGGAGUCUACGCCCGGCUCGCUGGAUCCCGAAUCGGGACCAAGUUCUAGCAAGGGAACACCCGGAACUUCUCGGGAAGGUUCCCUAACGUCGGAACAGCGUAAGAAACUACGCAAAAAGUACAUGGAAACCUGCUUCAGCGAUGACUACAUCACCUCGGAUGAUGACGAUGAUCCAACUAUGACAGUGACCGAAAGCGUUACCGAGAGUUGGACGAUCAUUCGAUCUCUGGUAAAGCCCUAUGAACCCAAUGAAGAACCACUAGAGAUUCAAGCUCAACGUCUACUGGAAGAAGGUCAGGUGCAGUCCUAUCAGCAGGCCGAACUUGCAGUUCAGUUGAUUGAAAUGCGAUACGCUCAGGAUAAUGCUAUCUGGGCAGCUACUCAGUGCCACACCAUUGAAGAGGCCAAACAUCUACUUCAGAAAGAAUGCGAACUCUGUCUCGGUACCUUCCCGAUGAACGAGAUCAUUUCGAUGCUGAAGUGUACUCAUACCUGUUGUUUAGACUGCGCGAAGGUUUAUUUCACCGAAGAGAUCAUGCAUCGUUCGAUCACCAAUUGCAACUGUCCGUACUGCAAAGAACCGGACCUCAACAACUCAGCCGUCACCGAAGACGAUGUUCUGGAGUACUUCUCCAAUUUGGAUAUUCUACUGAAGAACAUCGUCGACGAGGAGGUUCACGAUCUAUUCCAGCGAAAACUACGGGAUCGUACACUAAUGCAAGAUCCCAACUUCAAAUGGUGUGUCGAUUGCUCGUCCGGGUUCUUCGCACGACCAAGACAGAAGCGACUGAUCUGCCCGGAUUGCGGAUCCAUCACAUGUGCUUCCUGUCGCAAACCUUGGGAAUCCCAGCACGAGGGCCUCUCGUGCGACCAGUUCACCGCCUGGAAGGAGGCCAAUGAUCCGGAACUCCAGGCCCAGGGUGUAGCGCGACACCUGCAGGCCCACGGUAUCAGCUGCCCGAACUGCAAGUUCAAGUAUUCGUUGUCCCGUGGUGGGUGUAUGCAUUUCACUUGUACCCAGUGCAAGUUCGAGUUCUGCUUCGGCUGCAACAAACCGUUCAUGAUGGGCGCCAAGUGUGACGUAUCGCCGUACUGUGCCAAGUUGGGUCUGCACGCACAUCAUCCGCGGAACUGUCUGUUCUAUUUGCGAGACAAGGAUCCUAGGGAUCUGCAGACACUGCUGACGAUGCACAGCGUGACGUUCGAUACGGAACCGUCGGAAAUUUUCAAGCGGGAGUUGCUGGCAAACGAAGGCAGUAUGAUGAAAUGUCCCAUUCCAUUGCAAAAGGAAACGCCAGCCGGGCUGAUGGAUACAAUCUGCAACGGAGAGGUUCCGGAAGGUUACGCCGGACUGUGCAGCGCUCAUUACAUUGAAUACUUAAGCCUCCUGAUAACCCAAAACUGCAUCGAUCCGCUUUCGAUCCUGAACACCGAUGAUCUUGAGUCGCUGGUCAAGCGGGCCAACAAACGGAUGCCCCCGCGACCAUUCGGACUCUUGGAUGGAAUCUAUCGGGAUUAUUUGGCGCAGAUCGUAAAGGAUCAAAUCCCACUGAAUUAAAAAAUACUUCAGUAUCAUCAUUACGAGGCACCAACAGAGAAAAAUUAACAAGAGAAAAUAAUCGAAUGCUGUCAUCGUAAGAAAAUACACAUAAUUUCCACCAUCGAGCACAUGUUGCCGGAAAAGCACAUCUUAUUGUUAAGUUUACUGUUGAAUCCAUUCUCACAAAAGCCAACAAAUAAACUGUUACACUUUUCUUUAUGCGAGACCUACUUCAUAAGUCUUUUUCUUAUCGUUAAUCAUCGCACAUGUUACACACUUCAUUUACUCUUUAUCAGUGAUUAUUAGCAAGUAAUUACACUCUCUUACUCUUAUUGAAUAAAAACAAAAAAGGUAAUACAGUUUGGUAAGAACCAU